CGUGAAAGUUGGAUAACGCCAAAAAGUGACGUCACAUGCGGAGCACGUGUGUGGAGACGUCCAGCGAACAGGUGAACAGUGAAGCUCUCGCGUCCAUCGAGUUCACACUGCUGAGUAUCCGAGAGGCGAGACCUGCCACAGAGCAAGACGUGGUGUGUGUGACUGGUGGUUUUUCUGUCGCAGCAGCUUCAUGAAUCAACUGGCCUCCUGAGAUCUGCGUCAGUAGUUGGUGGUUGCAUGUUACUUCCAGACUCAGUGACAACCACGUUCACGAGUGACCUUAGCGGCCCAUGAUCCCCGUCAUGACUGUGUGGAACUUCUGAAUUACUUACCUGGUCCUACUCACGCACGUGUCACUCAUUUUCACUUCAAUGCUGUACUGGCGGUGAUCCGCCCCACUCGAGGCUGUACAGACUUGAAGCAGCUGUAAGUAGUUAUCAGUGCCAACCCUGUCAAAAUGAUCGGUACCAGUGGCCAGCAGGCAGGACGUCCUGAGAGACACCCUUCCUGGCCGUCAUUAGAUGGAAGCAACAACAGCAACAACAUUAACAUCAAGAACACCAACUGCAGCACCAGCUCAGAGGAGAAGUAUGGCCUGCGACCCAGAACCAUCAUCAAGCGUCUGCAGCAUGACCGGGGCCACCAACAGGUGUCCAAGGUAUCCAAAGGCCUGGCACGUCCCAAGUCGAGGCCGGCGCCGCUCUCCAAGUACCGCAGGAAGACAGCCAACGCCCGGGAGCGGCAUCGCAUGCGAGAGAUCAACAACGCCUUCGAGUCACUGCGGCGCGUGCUGCCGGACAAACUUGAGAUGGAGGCGGCCUCGUCCAGCAUGACUAAGAUCACCACGCUGCGCCUCGCCGCCGACUAUAUCAGAGCCCUGAACGACGUGCUGCAGGAGGAGGGCGGGGAGGCGCUCUGCUCCCUGCAAUGCAGCGCGCAGAACACCCUCCUGCGUGUGGCGCCAACCCAGCCCCGCCACCACCUGCUGCCGCUGGACUGCUUCUCCCCCGCCACGCACAUGUCCGCUUCUGCCUCGCGAGGCUCACUCAGCACCAGCAGCUGCAGUGACUUGGAGGACCUCCUUUCAGACGACUCCUGCAGCCUCCUCGAUGACAACUUCGACGUGUUUCACGACAUCCCGAUCCUGCCUGGCGGUGACCCACUCGACCUGCUGCUGGAGGCAGAAAAAGGCCUGCUGCCGCUGCCGCAGGAGCUCUGUAAUUGACGCCAUCGCUCACUCCUCAAGUGUGUAAUUAGUCUGGUGACAAACGGCCCGACCGGCAAGAAACUGGUCCCUUUUUUUUUUAAUUGCUGACUCGUAGAAGCAAUUUAUAUUACACAGAAAAUUGUCUCUUAUUAGUGAACAUACAAAUUGAAGAGCAAGUGUCCCUCGCUUAUUACCUGUCCAGAAGCUCCGCCAGGCAGCAAGAGAACCAGAUCGUGGCGGCCACCGGGAGGCGCGUGCCUGCGGUGGCGGCAAUGGUGGAGGGGGCAAAGUGCUUGGGAGGUGCGGGAGGGAGGAUCCAGUGUUGACGGGAGGUGGUUCGUGGUCCUAGUCACGUGGUGCACCACCUCAGCCACCACCUCAGCCGCCCUCCCGCCGCGUCACAAAAUCCAUAACUUGCUGCGGAACAAAUCGCCUCGCGUGUUGAGCUGAGCGAGACUCCUCUUAUUUCCGAGAUGCAUUUUAGGAUUUUAAGGUUACGAAUAUAUAAACUAUUUGAUGCUAGUCCUGUGUGCCAUAACUGACAGUGUUGGUACAGGCUGUGGUGGCGGGCGGCAGCGGGCGGUAUGUGCUGCACCACCACUGCAUGCCCGCCGCCAACACUGCCUUGAGCUUGUUGUUACUGAUGUUGCUGCUGGGUGUGUGUGUGUGUGUGUGUGUGUGUGUGUGUGUGUGUGUGUGUGUGUGUGUGUGUGUGUGUGUGUGUGUGUCUACACGCUCCAACACGCAGCUCUCGGUUGUAGAAAUGUACUACUAUACGUAUAUGUUCGUCGCCAUUAACUUAGGGAGAAAGAGAGAGAGAGAGAGAGAGAGAGAGAGAGAGAGAGAGAGAGAGAGAGAGAGAGAGAGAGAGAGAGAGAGAGAGAGAGAGGGAGAGAGAGAGAGACGUGACGCAGUGCAGACGUGCCGGUGUCUCAUUGAUGUUCCACCUGUUAACGGGGACGAAGAUUUACGAGAGAGGAGGUGACCAGCGCGUGUCUCCUGCAGCCUUUCUUGGGAGGAUCACGGCGGAGGCUGCUGGGAAGCUAAAAAUGUGGAACACUUCACUAUUUUCUCUCUCAUUCUCUCUCUCCCUUCACCAACAGUCACCCUUCUCCCUGUCUCUCUCUCUCUCUCUCUCUCUCUCUCUCUCUCUCUCUCUCUCUCUCUCUCUC